AUGACAAAGGGUACCAGCUCCUUCGGAAAGCGCCACAACAAGACGCACACUCUGUGCCGUCGCUGCGGUCGCCGAUCCCUGCACGUUCAGAAGCACACCUGCUCAUCUUGCGGCUACCCUGCUGCUAAGACCCGAAAGUACAACUGGAGCGAGAAGGCCAAGCGGAGAAAGACCGUCGGCACCGGCCGCAUGAGAUACCUGAGCACCGUUGCCCGCAAAUUCAAGAACGGCUUCCAGACCGGCGCGCCGAAGGAUUCCCGUGGCCCGACAAAGGCAUAA